AUGUUCGGAGACAGUGCUCACAAAAACUGCUCCCUCCCCCUUGGCUUGAUCCUCGGGGAAGCCUGGGGAUUCCGAAAGCAGAAUUAUGGGGUGGCGUGGGAUGAUUUGUACCCGGGUAGAAUUGCGAGCUCCAUUGUUGAUCCGUGUGGUGUAACCUGAACCCUCUUUGCAUCUGCAGGGAUUGUGAUGGGAGAACGCCUCGGAGAGUUCUCUAUGCUCCUUGAGCUUUAAUACCCCAACACCCCUGCAAAGCUGCACUGAACCCUCCCGACCACAUAUAAUUAAAUAAGGGCCACGGUAACUCAGAGCUCAGAUAGGGGGAGAUAUAGCCUCCCACUGCUAUGGCUACUACUGUAGGGUAUGAAUGGGCCUCCAGUAAAGGGUUAUAGAAGUCAACCAGUGGUGGAAAAAGAACACAAUUGUCAUACUUGAGUAAAAGUAAAGAUAUCUUAAUAGAAAAUGACUCAAAUAAAAGUGAAAGUCACCCAGUAAAAUACUACUUGAGUAAAAGUCUAAAAGUAUUUGGUUUUAAAUAUACUUAAGUAUCAAAAGUAAAUGUAAUUGCUCAAAUAUACUUAAGUAUCAAAAGUAAAAGUAUAAAUCAUUUAAAAUUCCUUAUAUUAAGCAAACCAGACGGCACAAUUUUUUUUGUUUUUGUAAUUUAGAUAGCCAGGGGCACACUCCAACACUCAGACAUCAUUUACAAAUGAAGCAUGUGUGUUUAGUGAGUCUGCCAGAUCAGAGGCAGUAGGGAUGACCAGGGAUGUUCUCUUGAUAAGUGUGUGAAUUGGACCAUUUUCCUGUCCUGCUAAGCAUUCAAAAUGUAACGAGUACUUUUGGGUGUCAGGAAAAAUGUAUGGAGUAGAAAGUACAUUAUUUUCUUUAGGAAUGUAGUAGAGUAAAAGUAAAGUACAGAUACCCAAAAAAACUAUUUAAGUAGUACUUAAAAUUAUUUUUACUUAAGUACUUUACACCACUGGCUUCAACAAAGGGAAAUCUUGCUUUUUUGAGUGACUGACUGCUCCAUUGACAUGCCUCCAAAUGACUUAAUGGUCUAGAGAAUUGGGUGCUUAAUCCUCGUGAACAUAGUUCAUAAACAAACAAAUAGUUUCGCUAUCAAGGAUUCCUCAGUGUACAUUGUGCAUUGUCUAACAUCAAACACUCAGGUUUUUGCUUAUUUGACACCAUCUGUAUUCUUCUUCAUACAGGGCACUUUGGCUGUGUGUUCCACGGGACCCUGUUGGAGGCUGACGGACAGAAGCAGCACUGUGCCAUCAAGUCCCUCAACCGUGAGUACUGCAUGACCACAAAGGCACAGUUCACCCCGUCAGUGUUCAUUCAAAUCUCAUUGCUCUGAUAUGAUGUCACCACGCAACGCAACGCUGCAACAACACUAGAGGGCUUAUCUCAUCUCUUGAACGUGCAACAGUGGUGUGUCUUGUGGAAGGAUGAUUGAGAUGGAUUGGCUCCUGGUGGUGAGGAUGACAUUAGGUUGCCCCUCUCUCUAAUCGUGUAACCUGUCACGUUACCCUGAGAGAUGAAUGUCCUAGAUAAGUCUUCCAUAAGGCUUCGGGAAGCUCUGCCGCUGGGCUGGUGGUAACCCAUAGCGAUAGAGGGUUACCACUGUCUUGUUCUCUGAACCUUGGCCUUCUCAUUGAGUUUACAGUGACCUAAAGUUCCCCAGGGAGCUUUAAAUAAAAGAAAGAAGUUCCCCAGGGAACUUUGUCACUGUCAUGGCAAAGGCACAGGGUUUGGUGAAUAUUGUAGGUGAUGUCACCAUGUUGUUUCUGCAGUUGGCAUAGUUCUUAACAUCCAGUUUAACAGCCUCGUUUUCCUAGAUAUUAUUUUAUCUUUCUUUUACUCAGCACUAAAUGGCGAGUCGUCCUUCUUUGCUCCUGUGUGUGUCGUCAUCUGGUAGGUACAGUGAAAGGGCAAUCAGCUGUUUUAUCUUAGCUAAAUGAGAUACUGUUUCAAAUGAGAUUAGAAGAGAGGAGGAGGGGGAAAGAGCAGUGACACCAGGAGCACUGAUUCGAUUGGGUAAUGGGAGUGUUGUUUAGCGGUAGCCUAUAGGUUUGGGGUAGGGUCACAGUCCCUAUGCUCAGACAGCCUGGAGACUGACCCCUCAUGGGCUCCUAACAGUGGUAUAUAACUAAGGUUUAGACGACACAAUGGUAAAGAGAUAGAGGUUUAUGGCUUGAUGGCCUGUUUUUGAUUGCGUUUUUGUUGGUGGCCCAUCUAUCAGCGCAUGAUUAUAAUACAGACUUUAAUGGCAGGAUGUUGUAAAAGAGAAUGCGUUCUCUUCUCCACAACUUGGUUAAAUAAAGGCAGUAAAUAAAUAAACAAUCCUGUAAUAUCUUGCCGUGUUUCAGGGAUCACUGACCUGGAGGAGGUGUCUCAGUUCCUGAAGGAGGGGAUCAUCAUGAAGGACUUCAGCCACCCCAACGUGUUGUCUCUCCUGGGGAUCUGUCUGCCCCCUGAGGGCUCUCCUCUGGUAGUGCUGCCAUACAUGAAGCAUGGAGACCUCAGGAACUUCAUCAGGGACGAGACACACGUAAGAUGCACACACACACACACACACACACUCUGGUCAUACAAUCACCUUUAUAAGACAUAGUGUUUUGGCUGGAAUAAUGACUGACAAAGGCCAUUGCAGCUGAAACAUUGUAUAUUUAGGUACAGGAAUAAAGCAUCGGAGCAGCAUAUAGAGAUGUAGGAUCUUCAUUUGAUCACCCUGUUGUUGCAGGAAAUGUCCUGCACAGCAGAAAAUGCAAACUUGUAGUGUAUUCAAGGUUUAAAAAGGCUUCUAAAGUUUGUAAUUUCCACUUUAAAUGUUCAGACUUGAUUUGCCCUAACUAAAAAUGUAUCGACUCCUACAAAAAUGUCCAUUAAUUAUAAUCCACACAAUAAUUCACAUUUCCUGUUGCUGCAGGAUUAUUGUCCUGCUGUGAGAAACUGGUCAAAUUAGAAUCCUACAUCUGUACCGCGUGCGGGCUAUUCAGUCUUUUUUGGCCCAGCACCGGUGGAUAUAUUUGGGAUGUGCAUAUCACCUAAACACACUCUUCCUUGUUUCCCCAGAACCCAACAGUGAAGGACCUGAUGGGCUUUGGUGUGCAGGUGGCCAGGGGCAUGGAGUAUCUGGCCAGCAAGAAGUUCGUCCACAGAGACCUAGCCGGCAGGAACUGCAUGUAAGAUCUGGAACCAACUGUCAAAUGCACUCUCAGACAGUCAGUGUGUGGAAGAGUAAUCACCACUGUAGUGAGAGCUAACGCAUUCAGUCAUGCCAUACAGUCAUGCAUACUUUGAGAGUUUAAAUUUUAAUGGGCACAAUUUUGCUCCAACCAUUACAGGUUAAUUACACUCUAGUAAGAAUGUUUGAAUCCAACAUGGCUGCCAGUUUCCCCUAGCUCUGUAUAUAUCCAGUAAGGCUGUGGUUGAAUCCCUCUCUCCUCUGCUAGGCUGGAUGAGAACUACACAGUGAAGGUGGCAGACUUUGGCCUGGCCAGGGAUGUGUAUGAUAAGGAGUACUACAGCAUCCACAGCAAGAGUGGAGUCAAACUACCGGUCAAGUGGAUGGCCCUGGAGAGCCUGCAGACACACAAGUUCACCCCCAAGUCAGAUGUGGUGAGAGCCUACACACACACACUCACACACACACACACACACACACACACACACACACACACACACACACACACACACACACACACACACACACACACACACACACACACACACACACUCACACACACACACACACAUGCAGACAUGCAUGUACACACACCACUAUCCACUCAUUCAUUCACUUACAGUUAAGUGAUAAUGCCCGAGAAGCCAGUGUUUGGAGGAUAUAUUGGCAAGGGUGUUGUUAGGCCCGAGACAAAGUCAAGGGCCGGCAAACCGUGCCAACAUAUCCUCCAAUCACCGGCUUCGAGGGCAUUAUCACUUUUAUACAACGGGUUACCAACAUAUUCAAAUAAUGAUUGACAUAUUUUCAUUAAAAACUUUAUUUUGAUGAAUUUAUACAUACCAUUUCAUCCUUCCACAAGAUAUAGUCCUGACACAAAUCUAGGGUUGCUACCCAAGCCGGCUGGACGUUCAUGCUAUCGGUUAGGUUGCCAGAGACGCAACCCAGUCGUGAAGUCUUUUGGUUCUAUAUCUAUGGACGCAACCCAGUCAUUCGUUCUAAAUGUUCCAUUGCCAUGCUGGCUGGCAACGUUCUUAUCCCUUGCUUGCUAGCUAGCCAACUACGGAUAACACAGUCACGUCAAACAAUGCAGCCAGAAUAACAGCAAAGUAGCUGCAUUUGCGUUUGUUUAAGAUGUUUUCUAGUGACAUAUAUUUGGAUACGUCCAUAACAAUGAGCUAAUGAUGCGCUAUUUUGCCUGGCAUCAGAAAUGUGCUUACUCGUCAGGACACUGUUCAGAGGAGCUAGCCAACCACACAACUAACACAAUCACUUCAAACUGAAGCUGGAAAGUCAGCAAACUAGCUGCAUUUCGUUUAGUUUUACCUGUUUUUCUAUUGACAUUUCUUUGUAUAUAUCCAUAAAAAUUAUGCUGAUUCAUGAGUUCAACUGGCUGAGAAAAUCUGUCUGUCUUGUCCUGACACGUUAAUCCUCAAUGGGACAGUGGAGAUCGAAUUUCAAUAUUGAAACAAUGUUGCAAAGUUCGGAGCGACAGACAGUAAGGUUUAUACAAAUCUCCGCUGUUGAAAACCAAAUGCUAGUCUAAAAGAAAUGAGAGAUAAUGUCUAGAUGCCUUUUUACAGUAUAGAUCAAGUUUAUAACUUGCCUGGUUGGGCAGUGAGUUGGAACAGCGAAUAGGCAUUUCAACAUCAUAGCCUUAGCCGGUGGUUACUUGUGGAAUUGACACAGGCUGGAAUGCGGUUUUAACCAAUCAGCAUCCAGGAUUAGACCCACCCGUUGUAUAAUAUUACAUAACCACUCUCUCAUCUAUUCAUACUCACACACACUAUUACUCUACUACCUCUACACACACACACACACACACACACACACACACACACACAGAAACACACACAGUAUUGAUGAGAACCUAUGAUAAAUCAGCAUCAGGCUUAAUCUGGCCUGCUACCCUCUCAGCCCCACUCUUUCUUAACAAACCACCACUUACUGUUCAAUCUCUGGUUAAUGUAUAGGGUUAGCUUGUCUCUGCUACAGUUUCUGUUUAUAGGGUUAGCUUGUCUCUGUUACAGUGUCUGUUUAUAGGGUUAGCUUGUCUCUGCUACAGUUUCUGUUUAUCAUUUACAUUUACUCAUUUAGCAGACGCUCUUAUCCAGAGCAACUUACAAAUUGGUGCAUUCAAUUUAUGAUAGCCAGUGGGACAACCACUUGUAUUUUAUUUUUUAUUUUUAUGGGGGGGUGGGGGAGAAGGAUUACUUUUAUACUAUUCCAGGUAUUCCUUAAAGAGGUAGGGUUUCAAGUGUCUCCGGAAGGUGGUCAGUGACUCCGCUGUCCUGGCGUCGUGGGGGAGCUUGUUCCACCAUUGGGGUGCCAGAGCAGCGAAUAGCUUUGACUGGGCUGAGCGGGAACUGUGCUUCCGUAGAGGUAGGGGGGCUAGCAGGCCAGAGGUGGAUGAACGUAGUGCCCUCGUUUGGGUGUAGGGUCUGAUCAGAGCCUGAAGGUAAGGAGGUGCCGUUCCCCUCACAGCUCCGUAGGCAAGCACCAUGGUCUUGUAGUAGAUGCGAGCCUCAACUGGAAGCCAGUGGAGUGUGCGGAGGAGCGGGGUGACAUGAGAGAACUUGGGAAGGUUGAACACCAGACGGGCUGCAGCGUUCUGGAUAAGUUGUAGGGGUUUAAUGGCACAGGCAGGGAGCCCAGCCAACAGCGAGUUGCAGUAAUCCAGACGGGAGAUGAAUUAGUCCGAGGAAGUGCCUGGAUUAGGACCUGUGCCGCUUUCUGUGUAAGGUAGGGUCGUACUCUGCGAAUGUUGUAGAGCAUGAACCUGCAGGAUCGGGUCACCGCUUUGAAGUUAGCGGAAAAUGACAGGGUGUUGUCUAGGGUCACGCCAAGGUUCUUUGCACUCUGGGAGGAGGACACAAUGGAGUUGUCAACCGUGAUGGCGAGGAGCGGGCAGUCCUUUCCCGGGAGGAAGAGCAGCUCCGUCUUGCCGAGGUUCAGCUUGAGGUGGUGAUCCGACAUCCACACUGAUAUGUCUGCCAGACAUGCAGAGAUGCGAUUCGCCACCUGGUUAUCAGAUGGGGGAAAGGAGAAAAUUAAUUGUGUGUCGUCUGCGUAGCAAUGAUAGGAGUGACCAUGUGAGGAUAUGACAGAGCCAAGUGACUUGGUGUAUAGAGAAAAUAGGAGAGGGCCUAGAACUGAGCCCUGGGGGACACCAGUGGUGAAAGGACGUGGUGCGGAGACAGAUUCUCGCCACGCCACCUGGUAGGAGCGACCUGUCAGGUAGGACGCAAUCCAAGAGUGAGCAGCGCCGGAGAUGCCCAACUCGGAGAGGGUGGAGAGGAGGAUCUGAUGGUUCACAGUAUCAAAGGCAGCAGAUAGGUCUAGAAGGAUAAGAGCAGAGGAGAGAGAGUUAGCUUUAGCAGUGCGGAGAGCCUCCGUGACACAGAGAAGAGCAGUCUCAGUUGAAUGACCAGUCUUGAAACCUGACAGGUUUGGAUCAAGAAGGUCAUUCUGAGAGAGAUAGCAGGAGAGUUGGCUAGAGACGGCACGCUCAAGAGUUUUGGAGAGAAAAGAAAGAAGGAAUACUGGUCUGUAGUUGUUGACAUCGGAGGGAUCGAGUGUAGGUUUUUUGAGGAGGGGUGCAACUCUCGCUCUCUUGAAGACGGAAGGGACAUGGCCAGCGGUCAAGGAUGAGUUGAUGAGCGAGGUGAGGUAAGGGAGAAGGUCUCCGGAAAUGGUCUGGAGAAGAGAGGAGGGGAUAGGGUCAAGCGGACAGGUUGUUGGGCGGCCGGCCGUCACAAGUCGCAAGAUUUCAUCUGGAGAGAGAGGGGAGAAAGAAGUCAAGGCAUAGGGUAGGGCAGUGUGAGCAGGACCAGCGGUGUCAUUUGACUUAAUAAAUGAGGAUCGGAUGUCGUCAACCUUCUUUUCAAAAUGGUUGACGAAGUCAUCCACAGAGAGGGAGGAGGGAGGGGGAGGAGGAGGAGGAUUCAGCAGGGAGGAGAAGGUGGCAAAGAGCUUCCUAGGGUUAGAGGCAGAGGCUUGACAUUUAGAGUGGUAGAAAGUGGCUUUAGCAGCGGAAACAGAGGAAGAGAAUGUAGAGAGGAGGGAGUGAAAAGAUGACAGGUCCGCAGGGAGUCUAGUUUUCCUCCAUUUCCGCUCGGCUGCCCGGAGACCUCUUCUGUGAGCUCGCAAUGAGUCGUCAAGCCACGGAGCAGGAGGGGAGGACCAAGCCGGCCGGGAGGAUAGGGGACAUAGAGAGUCAAAAGAUGCAGAAAGGGAGGAGAGGAGGGUUGAGGAGGCAGAAUCAGGAGAUCGGAGGGAGAAGGAUUUAGCAGAGGGAAGAGAUGAUAGGAUGGAAGGGGAGAGAGUAGUGGGAGAGAGAGAGCGAAGGUUGCGACGGCACAUUACCAUCUGAGUAGGGGCAGAGUGAGUAGUGUUGGAGGAGAGCGAGAGAGAAAAGGAUACAAAGUAGUGGUCGGAGACUUGGAGGGGAGUUGAAGUGAGAUUAAUAGAAGAACAGCAUCUAGUAACGAUGAGGUCAAGUGUAUUGCCUGCCUUGUGAGUAGGGGGGGACGGUGAGAGGGUGAGGUCAAAAGAGGAAAGGAGUGGAAAGAAGGAGGCAGAGAGAAAUGAGUCAAAGGCAGACGUAGGGAGGUUAAAGUCACCCAGAACUGUGAGGGGUGAGCCAUCCUCAGGAAAGGAACUUAUCAAGGCGUCAAGCUCAUUGAUGAACUCUCCAAGGGAACCUGGAGGGCGAUAAAUGACAAGGAUGUUAAGCUUGAAUGGGCUAGUGACUGUGACAGCAUAGAAUUCAAAUGAGAGAGAAUGUCCACUUGGGAGAAAUGAGGAUUCCUGUGCCACUGCCGCGCUGACCAGAUGCUCUCGGGGUAUGCGAGAACACAUGAUCAGACGAGGAAAGAGCAGUAGGAGUAGCAGUGUUUUCUGUGGUAAUCCAUGUUUCCGUCAGCGCCAAGAAGUCGAGGAACUGGAGGGUAGCAUAGGCUGAGAUUAAUUCUGCCUUGUUGGCCGCAGAACGGCAGUUCCAGAGGCUGCCGGAGACCUGGGUUAGGGUUAGAUUGUCUCUGCUACGGUUUCUGUUUAUAGGGUUAGCUUGUCUCUGCUACAGUUUCUGUUUAUAGGGUUAGCUUGUCUCUGCUACAGUUUCUGUUUAUAGAAUUAACUUGUCUCUGUUACAGUUUCUGUUUAUAGAAUUAACUUGUCUCUGCUACAGUUUCUGUUUAUAGGGUUAGCUUGUCUCUGUUACAGUUUCUACCUCUAUAGCUCAGUCUAUUAUCUCACUAACCUUAGCUGCAUUUAACACUCCUCCUGUCUGUCUGCUCUCUUCAAUGAAGGCCGGAGGGAAAUAUGCUCAUUAGGACUGGGGUUGAGUCCGGAAUGGCACCCUGUACCCUAUGUACUGUGCCACUUUUGAUCAGGGCUCAUAAGUCUCUGGUCAAAAGUAGCGCAUUUGAUAGGAAAUAGGGUGCCAUUUCAGACACAGCCUGUAAAGUACUGUGAUGUGAUCUGAUGUGUUAUUGGUUCGUUUGGUGUUCCGUGUUUCAGUGGUCAUUUGGUGUGUUGCUAUGGGAACUGAUGACCCGGGGAGCCCCACCCUACUCGGACGUCAACUCUUUCGACAUCACAGUGUUCCUACUGCAGGGGAGACGCCUGCUGCAGCCAGAGUUCUGCCCCGAUGCACUGUGAGUAGUGGAAACACAUGACACACAGACAGACAGACAGACAGACAGACAGACAGACAGACAGACAGACAGACAGACAGACAGACAGACAGACAGACAGACAGACAGACAGACAGACAGACAGACAGACAGACAGACAGACAGACAGACAGUACACACACAAUCUUGCACACACACAAACACACACACACAUUUACACUCCUCAAGCUUAUACCCAACCACUCCCAGAUAUAAGACAGAUGCUUUUAUUAAUAGAAGUGCACACACACACACACACACACACACACACACACACACACACACACCACACCCCUGUCCUUCACCUUGACCAAUGUACAUAGAGCAUGGCUCAGUGCUUCUCAUUGGCAGAGACAUUGAGAUGAACAGAGGCCCAUUGUUAACACUGCCCUAGGUAGCUGGAAGACGGACAGAUAAUGCACGACAGGGAUAGAGAGAGAGAGAGAGAGAAGAGGAGAGAGAGAGAAGAGAGAGAGAGGAGAGAGAGAGGAAGAGGAGAGGGAUGAGUAGAGAGUAGAUAGGCGAGAGGAUAUAGAGAGAUACGAGAAGAGGAAGAGAGAGGACGAGAUAGAGAGAGAGAGAAGACACCGAUAGACAGGACAUAGUGAGGGAGGGAGUGAGGUGGUGAGAACACCAAGCAGGGAAUAGAGAGAGAGAGAGAGAGAGAGAGAGAGAGAGAGAGAGAGACAGACAGACAGACAGACAGACAGACAGACAGACAGACAGACAGACAGACAGACAGACAGACAGACAGACAGACAGACAGACAGACAGACAGACAGACAGACAGGAAUGAUCGAUAACUAUUCAUGAGUCUAUUCAUGGACAUUGACUGACAUAGAGGGUUUCCAGAAUUAAUGGGGCCCUGUAACAAAACUGUCAAACAAAAUGGCUAGUGGCUACUAAACACCUAAGUAAGCAAAAUGUAUGUACCUAAAAACUGUAUUUAAUGUGCAUUUAAUCUUAACCCCUUCCCCUAUCUCCCACCCCCAAGGUAUAACGUGAUGGUUGAGUGCUGGCACCCUAAGCCGGAGCAGAGGCCUACCUUCUCAGAGCUGGUGUCUCGUAUCAAGUCCAUCUUCUCCAGCUUCAGCGGAGAGCACUACAUCCUUCUCAACACCACCUACGUCAACAUCGACAAGAUGACCCCCUACCCUUCCCUCAUUUCGUCCUCCUUAUCCUCCUCUUCCUCCACCCCUCAGGGCCACCCCCUGGAGCCACACUGCUGCACCUGAGAGAGGGGGAGGGAUGGAGAGAGAGAGAGAGUGAGAGUGAGAGAGAGAGAGAGAGAGAGAGAGAGAGAAAGAGAAGAAAAGAGUGAUGGAAGAAAGGAGAGGGAAUGGGAUGAAAGGAGGAGAGGAAAAAAUAAUGAGCUUGACAGAGAGAAAGAAAGAGAGAUAAAAUAGUGGGCUUGAGGCAGUGAAGACUUUGGGUCGCUUGAGAACUACUGUAUGUGA